CAUAGACUGCAAUAUGGGCUAUAUUGCAAUCUAUGGUACGGGGAAUCCCCUUUUAAACCUGACCUAAAGAUUGAUUAUGAUUGUUUGUAGUUUGGUUAAGUGAAGUGUACGGUGAAGAGUGCUUUAGACAAAAAUCGAUACAAUUGUUAUUUGUAUUGCUAUAAAUUGAAGAUUCAUUUAUUUCGCGAUGGAUAUACGGGCUUUCUUUGGAAAAAAACGAAGACUUGAGGAGCAAAUUGACCACGAAAAACCUAACUGUUCAAAACAGGUGGAAGCACCAAAUACAAUCGCUACUCCUAGUUCCGUAGCAACAGGUAACGUUAGCUAUGGUAUUCCGUCUGAUAUUGCACAAAUCGGAGAACCAAUAAAACAAGUUGUUUUAGACACAUAUCCAAAACAACACAACAGGGCCUUUGUUUCCGAUUGGUUCAAGCGUUAUAAAUGGUUGCAGUAUUCUGUCGAGAAAGAUGCUGCUUUUUGCUAUCCAUGCCAGCAAUUUUUACCUCAUGGAAGCAAACAGACUUCGUACACUUCCACAGGAUUUAGAAACUGGAAAAAUGCCACUGAUUCUAAAACUGGUUUUCCAAAACAUGAAAAAUCAAUUUCUCAUAUUCAAGCUAUGUCGAUGUGGCAGGAGAAAUUACAAAGAAUAUCUACAUCUAGCAGUGUUGAAACGUUAAUAAAUCAAAAAGUAUUAGAAAAAUAUAGGUAUUAUGUAAAGUCUAUCAUGGAAGUAAUACAAUUUCUAAUUGUCAACGAAUUAGCUUUGCGUGGAAAUUAUAUUUUGGAAGAAGAAAAAGAACAAGGAUUAUUUCAGAAUUUAUUUGAAUACACAUGUAUGAAAGAUCCAAAUUUGAACGAGGUUCUCACUCAUAUACCACAAAACGCAUCAUAUCGUUCACCCGAAAUUCAAAAUCAAAUAAUUCAAGCAAUGGUUCAAGCGGUACGAAGUUCCAUUGUCAAAGAUAUUAAUGAAUCUGACGUGAAAUGGUUUACUCUAAUGGAAGAUGGGACGAGAGAUAAAAAUAACCGCGAAAAUAUUGCAUUAGCAAUACGCUACGUCAAGGAUGGUGUCGUCAAUGAGUCGUUGCUGAUGGUUAAGACUACUGAAAAUCUUGAUGCAGCCACUUUCACGGAAUUAACGUUAAAUACUCUCACGGAAAAUAACAUUGACCCCUCUUGUAUGCUUAGCCAAUGCUAUGAUGGCGCAAGUGUAAUGAGUGGGAAAGUUUCAGGAGUUGCGACUAGAAUAGAAAAUAAAUUGGGCCGAAAAAUUCCUUACGUCCACUGCUAUAACCAUCGCUUGCACUUAAUAGUCAUCAGGACUAUCUCAGAAAUGACUUUUAUUCGUUUAUUUUUUGACCAAUGCAUCAUGUUACAUGAAUUCUUUCAUCAUGGCAAAAUAGCUGCCUUAUAUGAUGGAAAAAGGAUUGGCCGACUCCUCGAACAACGCUGGUCUGGACAUUUAGCAGUUACAAAAGUUGUAUACGAUAAUUAUUCAUCGAUUUUGCAGACUUUGAAAGAAAUUAAAAAUGGCAGAUUCAACGGUGAUGACGUCGCCAAGAGUAUAGGUAUUAAAAAAGUCAUGCUUGAUCUGGAAUUCCGAAUAGCCAUGGUUGUGGCCAAAAAAAUCUUAUCCACGCUACAACCUGCAGACAAAGCUUUGCAAGCCCGAAGCGCAGGAUUAAAAGAUGCCAUAACAAUCAUAAAGUGUGUCAAAGAUGAAAUUAUUAAAUUAAGAUCAAAUCAAAUGUAUAAUCAAAUUCUGGAAGAAGCUAAGUCUUUAACAAGCAAUGACUGCGGCGAAUCUGAAAAUAGGACACAGACCUCGAAGAGGCAAGUAAAAAAACCAAAUCGGAUGGAUGACUAUUUGACGUACACCCCCUGUUCCUCCGCCAGACAAAAUAUAGAUGAGAACCACGAGCCAUUUAAGUCUGAGUAUUUCGAAACGUUGGACAUUUUAAUUGCUGAAUUACAAAGAAGGUUUUCGGACAACGAUGAUUUAAUUAAUUCGAUUGCAAGUCUUGAUGAGUUGGAUGUAGAUAAAAUGGUUCCACUGAAAAAUUUGGGUCUGAAAAUUCCAUCAAGAGAAGAGGCUAGUGUGGUUAAAGCUUACUUGAGUCGUAACGAGGAUAUAAUGGAAAAUACAUUGCAAGUUUUGUACAGGCAACGAGAGGCGUUCAAAGAUACAUAUGAACUUUUUGCGUCUGUGGCGACCAUAGGAUGUAGCACUGCAGUGUGUGAAUCUACGUUUUCAACUUUAACUGCAAUCAAUAGGCCUCAAAGGCUGUCAAUGGGUCACGAGAGAAUGGCUGGUAUGGUAUUUCUGGCCUUUGAAAAAAAAAGAACAAAAUCAGUUGAUCUGAACGAAGUUCUUCGCAUUUUUAAUAACAUGGCGAAUCGUAGAAUUCAGCUGUUUUAAAUGUUUUUUAUUAUUAUGUUAGUUAAUUAUUAUAAUAAGUACGCAAAAACAAUGUGAUCUUAAUGGUAUUUUUGGUCGUUUCUAUUUACUCGUAUCACCCCACCCAAUAAUUAAUUAUUACCUCACUCUCACUCAGACGUGGAUCUCUACAUCCAAAUCUGGAAGUUCAACCAUCUUAUUCACUUGUUCUUCAUCAUUGAGGAUUUAAUAGUUCUUAGAUCCAUGCUCAUGCACUGUCACAGUAAUUAUUUGUCUACGAAUAACUAUUCACAUGAUGGUGAUAUACAUGGUGAUUGAUUUAGGAGCCCGUGUUUCGACGGCAGAUCAAUUAUGAUAAUUUUUUUACUUCCGCCCUACCUGUAACUAAUGCUGCCCUACCUCAAAUUCGACCCUAGCUACGG